UUAUUUAUUUCCAGGUCAAUAAGUUGGUAUCUUUUAAUGUAUAUUCAUAUUCUAUAAAGUAAAAGAAAAGAGAGGACAAAGUGUAUUGAAAGUAUACACGGAUUGGAAUUAUUUACAGUGGUCAUGGCGGUUUAUUUUACAACUAGGGAUAAGUAGAUAAUAAUGAAGGGAAUAUUAAAACUAGAAAUACAUAUCUCUUUUUAGAAAUUUUGCAUUGUUACCAAUAUGAAACUAUACAACUACACAACACUGUGUAUAGCGACUGGAUUCUUUAUUUGGCACAUUGUAAGUAAUAAUGAUAUAGUUUCUCACACCAAAGGAGUACUAAAUAACAACUCAAUAAUUUUUUCGUUUUAGGUUCCAUUUACCAGAACUUAAAAUACUUCGAGACAUUACAUGUAUCUCAGUUGACCCAUCAUAUUGUAAAACGAGGAGCGAAGUUGUCAAGCCAUCCCUUUAAUACAAUUAAAGAACUACAUUUUCAAACUCUUGGGAAAAGUUUUAGAUUGAUUCUUCAUCCCCACAACUCAGUUUUGCAUUCAAACUUCAAAGCUUAUUCUGUUGAUGCUGAUGGGAAUAAAACGGCGAUCCAUAUUGAUCAUGACAAUUAUUACACUGGUAGAGUUUUUGGUGAGAAGAUUUCUGAUGUGAGAUUACAUAUUGAAGAUGGUCUUUUAACGGGUAUAAUAAAUACACCACAAGAAACUUAUCACAUAGAGCCAUCUUGGCGUCACUUGCCUAACUCAGAUGAUAAAAGUAUGAUAACCUACCGCUCAUCUGAUGUGAAAUUUAGUUGGUCUGACUCCACAGACGAUAAGCCAAGAGUUUGUGGAUAUGUUAAGGAAGGGAAGGAGCUAGAAGAAAAUGAAAACAAGGAAGACAAUAAUCUAGAAUCAAAGCAGGAGCAGUCUGAAAAAGAUAAAUAUUUUGACCAAAAUCAAAAUAGCCAUGUUAAGGAGUCAAGUGGUGCAAAGAAGAGAAUUAAGCGGCAGAGCGAUUAUGAGUAUACACCAACCAAGACCAGAUGUCCGUUACUCCUGGUGGCAGACUACAGAUUCUUUCAGGAAAUGGGAGCCAGCAAUACAAAGACUACUAUCAGCUAUUUAAUAAGUCUUAUUGAUCGGGUGCAUAAAAUAUAUAAUGAUACAGUGUGGCAAGAUCGGCAGGACGCAGAUGGGUUCAAGGGCAUGGGUUUUGUUAUCAAGAAGAUAUUAGUGCAUUCGGAGCCGACGAGGGUGCGUGGUGGGGAGGCUCACUAUAAUAUGGUACGGGAGAAGUGGGAUGUACGGAACCUGCUGGAGGUGUUCAGUCGCGAGUACUCUCAUAAGGACUUCUGUCUGGCUCAUCUGUUCACGGAUCUCAAGUUCGAGGGUGGAAUCCUUGGACUUGCGUAUGUUGGAUCACCACGGAGGAACUCUGUCGGUGGAAUUUGUACUCCAGAAUACUUCAAGAACGGGUACACACUGUAUCUAAACUCCGGUCUGUCUUCGUCUCGUAACCAUUACGGCCAGCGUGUUAUAACUCGCGAGGCGGAUCUGGUGACGGCUCAUGAGUUCGGUCACAACUGGGGAUCCGAGCACGACCCUGACGUGGCGGAGUGCUCCCCCGCGGCCAGCCACGGUGGAUCAUACCUCAUGUAUACUUACAGCGUCAGCGGAUAUGACGUCAACAAUAAGCGGUUCUCUCCAUGCAGCCUGCGUUCAAUCCGCAAGGUCCUUCAGGCGAAAUCUGGGCGUUGUUUCUCUGAGCCCGAGGAGAGUUUCUGCGGUAACCUCAGAGUCGAAGGCGGCGAGGAGUGUGACGCUGGGCUGCUGGGGACAGAAGACAACGACAUGUGCUGCGACAAGAACUGCAAGCUGAGGAAGAACCAGGGCGCGGUGUGCAGUGAUAAGAACUCCCCGUGUUGCGCUGGUUGUGUGUUCGCGGCGCCGGGCGUGGUGUGUCGCGAGGCAGCUCACUCCGCCUGCGAGGGAGAGGCCACUUGCAACGGAGCUUCCGCUGACUGUCCUAAGGCGCCUGCGAUAGCUGACGAGCACGAAUGCGCUGAACGCGGCCGUUGCCGCAACGGUUCGUGUGUCCCGUACUGCGAGACUCAAGGACUACACAGCUGUAUGUGUGAUAUCGUUGCGGACGCCUGUAAGCGCUGUUGCCGUAAGAGUCUAAACAAAACCUGUUUCCCGGUAGCCCACAAUGAUAUCCUGCCAGACGGCACUCCUUGCAUACAAGGCUUCUGUAACAAGGGAAUUUGCGAGAAGACUAUUCAAGACGUGGUGGAGCGGUUCUGGGAUAUAAUAGAAGAUAUCAAUAUAAACAACGUGCUGGGUUUCCUGAGAGACAAUAUCGUCGGGGUCGUCGUACUCGUCACCGCAUUCGUAUGGAUACCGGCCAGCUGUGUUAUAAGCUACGUGGAUCGACGUCGCCAAAGACAACAUCAAAAGUAUCUCGAGUGGGAGAGACAACAUGAUCUGAUACACCCUUCCGAGCCAAGGAAGAUAAUUCACGUUCGGUUGCCAAAGCAGAAGCCGCCAGGAAUGAAAACCGUCAUUCAAGGAACUAGUCAGAUAUAGUUACAGCGACACCAAUAGAAUAUGUCUGCCAGCCGUUAUUAGUACCACAAUAAAAAUAAAUCACCAAAUAUAACUUCAUUAAAUAAAACCCAGUAUUUAUUAAAUAUUUUUAUUAAGUGCAAUAAAUAUACGAUAGCACAGGCGAACCUGUUCUAGUAACGAGGUGCAAUUAAGAAUGAAUACAAGAAAGCAAAUAUUAUGUAAAUAUUCUAGUUGAGUGCAGUAGAUGUGAGUAAUGCGACGCCUCGCUCGUAGAAGGCGUGCGGCUCUUGACCCGCGGCGAUCGGCAGACGGACGGUGAACAACAGCUCUGAACGAGCGCUGUUCAAGUACACCGGCAGGGUCAAUGACUGACCCGCGCCCGCCGGCUCCGCGCCCCUGACGAUAAACACGACAUUAGAUAUUUAUAUGCAUUAAUAAAUUUUUAUAAUAAAUCAA